AUGCAUCCUCAUUGCUUCUUCCUCGCACUCUUUGCUCUACUGGUUUCUCUGGUAACCGCCACUACAACAAACAACGUUCCCGGUUCCUGGAACCCUAUAGACGGCAUCGAUUUAAACGCGACAGAGAUCGGAGAGUGGGCCGUUUCUGAGUACAACAAGAACGCCACAAACAAUUUAGUUUUUGAAAAACUGAUUUCGUCUGAGAUAACAUUUGUAUCAGGCACCUUAUAUUUGCUUGUUGUUGCGGCUAAGGACGAGUCUUUGCCUAAUCCCACCGGAAAUUACAGAGCUUCAGUACACGACAGGGAUGGAGCGCCGCGGGAAUUGAUAGCCUUUUUUAAGAUAGAGGCCGUAGAAAAUAAUAUUUAG